CUGGAUGCCUACCGCCGUAAAACAAGAAGAAGAAGAAACCGGAAGAAACAAGGAAGUGUAGUUCGGACACAAAGUACAAGCUAACCUGCCCCAGUGUGUCAGUCGGUCUGUUUGUUCACCUGACGCAAAAGGAAAAUGCCUGAAAGACAGAGGUUAAGGAUUGAAGCCAUUAACACCAGUGCCAGUGAUGGGCUGGAGGGGUUCAAGGCCCAUGCAGUGUUCCAGGAAAUCAACAAGAAGCUUCAGGAGGAAGGGGAGCAGUUUGUGAAAAAGAUCGGGGGAGUGUUUGCCUUUCAAGUGAAGGAUGGCCCAAAUGGUCAGGAGGCAACUUGGUUUGUGGAUGUGAAGAAUGGCAAAGGCUGUGUUCAUAAUGACACAGCUAAGAAAGCAGACUGUACCAUUUCCAUGUCGGAUACAGAUUUGUUGGCCUUAAUGACAGGGAAGAUGAACCCACAGAAUGCGUUUUUCCAGGGCAAGCUGAAGAUCAAGGGAAACAUGGGACUUGCCAUGAAGCUUCAAAGCCUGCAGCUGCAGCCAGGCAAAGCCAAACUGUAGAUGAGACCUCGGAGUGAGCUGUAACUUCACCUCUGAACACUGAAUAGAGUACAUUUCAGAUCAAAUGUAACAUGGUUGGGAACCUUCUCAUCACUGGACUGAACCCCUUUUCCUACUAGGGACCUCACUGACAACCAGGGGACUAGUCCUCAGCCCAGCCAAUCUAACUGGCCAAUAAUAUAAAUGGAUAAUUCUCUAAUCAAGUCCCUGUCUGGGGUCUGUCCCAUGAUAAUACUGUCAUAACACUAGCGUAGAGACGGGUGCUCCUACUUUCUGAUUUUAGUGAUGUUUGUGUCCACUUUUCAAUAAAUCUCCAGUAUCUGUCGCUAAUCAAUUCCUUAUGGAAAUGUUUUGAGAAGUAUGUUUUGAUGAUUUUCCACAAUCAUGGACACAAUAGUCGAAGUGCCUCCUUGUCUCAGAUUUUCAGUUUUUAACCAAUAAUGCAGAAAUGGUUUUUACUGUGGCUGCCCAACAUUUUAAUGGAGGGGGUUGUGAAUUUCUGCUCUGCUGUCAUUAUUGUAUGAAUAUCUAAAAUAUUUCUACUAAAUAAACGUAUCUGUGCUGCAAGAACCA